AUGCAACAACAACAUCAACAACAUAUCAUACAACAACAAAUUCAAUCACAGAUUCAACAGCAGCAACAGCAACAAGCACAACAACAAUCAUCUGGUUCUACAACAUCUACGUCAUCGACAACCAAUGUAACAAACAACAACAAUGGUGUUAUGACACAUCAACCACAACAACAACAACAACCAAUGGUUACUGGUCCACAACCAAUCUUAACCGGUCCACUACCGAUGCAAAGUGGACCACUUACACCAGAGCAAAAGAGACAACGUGAGAAAGAAGCUUCCGAUUUCAACCUUUGGUUCCUCUUGGAGCGACAAGAACGUUUCCCAUAUUAUUUUGAUCCACAUACAAAGACAAUACAGGUUAUUGGAAGUUGGUAUAUUAAUGUAUCGGAUACAUGGAGCACUAUGACUCCACAGGAGAAAAAGUCAUUGACAAAUCACGCUCAAAAGUUGGCUACUACAAGAUCACUGUUUCUUCAGAAACAACAUGAUAUUCAAGCGUUACAGGUUCAACUGGCAAAGAUACAGCAGAAUCAACAGAAAGAAGCAGCAAAGUAUGAGAUUGCACGUAGGGAACGUGAUAGAUUGAUCGAAGAGAAGAAAGCAGAGAUUCCAAAGAUCAAAUCGGCGGUUACACCGUUCUUCCACUAUCUCAACGAGAAUCGUGAGAUCGAAAAGAAGAAUCAACCGGAUAUGUCGUUGUCAGAGAUAUCAAAGUUGCUCGGUAACAAGUGGAAAGCGAUGAACGAAGAGGAGAAAGCACCAUACUUUGAAAAGUCGCAAGACGACAAGCGACGUUACGAAGUCGAGAUCGUCGAGUACAACAGGAAGAUCAAAGAGGUCGCCGAGAAUUUCCCACCUAUUGAUAUCAGCACUAUUCCCGACCCAGAAGAACCCGCUGUCGUUACAGGCGCCACUCUGCUGCAGCCGCCAACAGUCGCCGCCGCACAGAUACAGCCAACGCCAGCACUACAGCCAACAGCUGCCGGCGGCGUUGUCGUACCAGCAGAACUCAAGAAAUCAACAACUAUUUCCACCUGUGAGGUUUGCUCUCACACUGACAAUCGUGACCAACUACUCCAGUGUGUUGGCUGUCUCCGUAGUUUCCACGGUAAGUGCAUCAACUUGCAGACACUUGCGAUUGAAACCAUCAAGAAGCUAAACACCUGGAAGUGUACCGACUGUAAAGUAUGUGAAGCCUGUAAAGAUACCACCAAUGAAGACAAGAUGUUGUUUUGCGAUGUUUGUGACCGUGGUUAUCAUACGUUCUGUUUGAAUCCACCGUUGGAGCGUCCACCAACAGGUGGCUGGCGUUGUAGUACCUGUGUUUUCUGUAUCCAUUGUGGAACUCGCACACCUGGACCACAAGCCAACAGUGCUUGGCGCGGACACUACACAGAGUGCGAGCAAUGCAACGUGCUUGUUGCCGAACGCAAGUACUGCUCGGUGUGUCGCAAGGUGAUCAAACCACACGAGAAAAGUCCAACCAUUCAAUGCGGAUACUGUGACCGUUGGACACACUCUCAGUGCGACGGAAUGUCAGUGUCGAAUCUCGAGAAGUUCAAAGACAAUCCCAACCACCAAUACAAGUGUCAAGCUUGCAGAAACGGACAUCCAAAAACAACACCAAAGCCACUGAUCGAUGAAGACGAUGAAGAAGACGAAGACGACAGAAAACCAGACCCACCAGGAAGAAAAAGAAGAUCAAUCCCAACUCCAAACGUAGUCACCCCAACUCCAAACAAAAGAGGAAGAAAGAAGCUCAAAAGAGAAGAUGAAAUGGAUGAAGAUGAUGAUGUAAAUGUUGAAGAUUAA